AUGCAGAAUGCUUUAGUUGCUGAGGUUGCUUUGAAAACUCAGCACAUAAUCGACUUCGGUGGUGAUCUGAACUCCAUUGAUUGGAUAGCCUUAUUUGAGGAGGUGUUAGGUGCUCGAAGGGGACAUGUGAGAGGCAUCGGGCCUAAGCCUUCCAUAGCGGGUAGAAGUGCUCCCACCCAAUGUCAUUCACAGUCACAAACACCGCAACCAACACAGGAUGUGGAUGUUAAUGCUUUUCUCCAAAACCCGACGUUUGUGACUACACUUGGAGAUAUUAACCGCUCAUUUAGCAAGCAAGUUGACAAUGCGACCAACAACGACGAGCAAAACGAUGAUGGGGACAACGAUUAA